AGAAAUGCAGAGGCAGCAGCCGCGGUAGCGGCGGCAGUGCUCCAGCAGGCACUAGGCACUCCAGUCCCGGCGAGCGAGCGGGCGAGAGCCACAGCGCUCCGAGCGAGGCGAGGGGGCUCUGGGCUACCUGGGACUCUCUUUGUGACACCCCAGCUCACAAACACACCCACAGGGACAGAGGAAAAACACAUAAAGUAACUCAUUGGACACUUCCGCCUACUGAAACUCCUGGAGAAGUCUUUUCUACCAUGUCCCGAGGCAAUGCAGUAAAAAGAAAGGCCUAUUGAUGGGAUUUUUGAGAAACCAACUGCAAAGCUCCAACAUGGGAGGCAAACUGAGCAAGAAGAAGAAGGGAUACAGUGUCAAUGAUGAAAAAGCUAAAGACAAAGACAAGAAGGCUGAAGGAGCAGCAACUGAGGAAGAGGAGACUCCAAAGGAGGCUGAGGAUGCCCAGAAAACCACAGAGACCACAGAAGUGAAGGAGAACAAUAAGGAGGAGAAGGGAGAAAAGGAUACUCAGGUCACUGCCAAUAAGACAGAAGAAAAAGAAGGGGAGAAGGAGAAAACAGUGACCCAGGAAGAAACCCAGAAAACAGAACCUGAGAAGUCAGAGGCUGUUGUUGAUGCAAAAGUAGAGCCACAGAAGAAUACCGAACAGGCACCCAAGCAAGAGGAGCCGACUGCUGCCUCUGCUCCUGCUGCCAGUAGCGAAGCACCCAAACCCUCUGAGCCUAGCACCGAUGCAAAAGCUUCCCAGCCUUCAGAAGCCACGGCUCCCAGCAAAGCAGAUGACAAGAGCAAAGAGGAAGGGGAAGCCAAAAAGACUGAGGCUCCCGCGACGCCUGCAGCCCAAGAAACUAAAAGUGAAGUGGCCCCAGCUUCAGACUCAAAACCUAGCAGCAACGAGGCUGCACCUUCUUCCAAGGAGCCCGCGGCAACAGCAGCGCCUAGUUCGACUGCUAAGGCCUCGGACCCUGCAGCCCCUCCAGAGGAAGCGAAACCUUCUGAAGUUCCAGCGACUAAUUCGGAUCAAACCAUAGCAGUGCAAGAUUAAAUUGGACAGCCUGUUGAAACAACCACUUAAAACAACCUGUGUCUUUUUUUUAUUUUUUCAGCUAUACUAACUCGUUUCAGAUCUGAAAUAGCAAAUAUGUAUUGCCCAGAAAAGAAGGAGAAAAAAAAAAAAAAGAGAAAAAAUGAAAAGGAUGUCCCAUCAAGUUGGGAGGGAGGGAGGGGGGAGAAUCCAAAUAGUAUUUUUGUGGGGAAAUAUCUAAUAUACUUUCUGCCAACUUGACACAAGUCCUGGAUUAAAAUAAAUAAAUAAAUAAAUGGAUGUCUGAAAGUACAGCACAUCUUUUGUAUCUGAACUGCUGUAAAUGCACUCCACCAGUGUAUUAAAAUCUUCUUUUUGUUCUGUAAUGGGGUUUGGGAGUGAUGCGUUUGAUUCUGCCCACUAGGUUUGUGCCAAGGCAAUCAGAUCUUUAUGAAAGCAGUAUUUUCUGUGUUUUUUUUUUAUUUACAGCCUUUCUUAUUUUGAUAUUUUUUUUAUGCAGUGGAUGAAUGCCAACUUUCAGACAAAACCCACUUAGCUGUCCACAUAUUUCUCAAUGCCAAUCCUCCAAUUCUUCCUCUCCAAAUAUUUUUUGGGAGUAAAAAGCAUUCUCAUCCUACUUAGCCUACCUAGAUUUCUCAUGACGAGUUAAUGCAUGUCCGUGGUUGGGUGCACCUGUAGUUCUGUUUAUUGGUCAGUGGAAAUGAAAAAGUCUGCGUUCAUUGCAGUUCCAGUUUCUCUUCCAUUCUGUGUCACAGACACCAACACACACUCAUUGGAAAACAAAUGAAAAAACAAAAUGUACAAUGGAUGCAUUGAAAUUAUAUGUAAUUGUAUAAAUGGUGCAACAGUAAUAAAAGUUAAAUAAUUUAAAAAAUA